CCAAGCCCCUCCUGCUGGCCUAGCCAAACCCGACGCUUUCUGCUGCUGGCGUAUCCUCCACUUACUCUGUACUUCAGAGGUGGUCUUGAUGUUAGAAGCACCUCCCCAGAUAGCCCUUCCCGUUACCCUAAUCAGUGUCCGCUACGUGUAGGUUUUUUAUGUGUUUAGCGAAUUGCCUUGGUUUUUCGUAAUACUACGGGCAGCCAUGUCGGUGGAAGUCUUGCUGUUUUUUGGUUGCCUAGUCGUUGCUCCUUCUUUUGCCUAUUUCCCCGAGGAGCGCUGGAGCCCGGAGUCCCGCUUGUUGCAGCCUCGGGUCGUCAUUGCUUUGGUUGCCCGGAACGCUGCACCAUCGCUACCUUACGUCCUGGGCUGUAUUGAGCGACUGCGGUAUCCGAAAGAGAGGCUUGCGCUAUGGGUUGCAACUGACCACAACAUGGACAAUACAACAGCCAUACUAAGGGAGUGGCUGGUUAAUGUACAGAAUGAGUACCAUAAGGUUGAAUGGAGACCCAUGGAAGAGCCAAGAGCCUACCGUGAUGAGGAAGGCCCAAAAGACUGGACGAAUUCACGAUAUGAGUAUGUCAUGAAGCUGCGACAGGCUGCACUGACCUCUGCACGAGAAAUGUGGGCUGAUUAUGUCCUGUUUGUUGAUGCUGAUAAUCUUCUGACCGAACCAGACACACUCAAUUUACUUAUUGCUGAGAACAAGACUGUGGUUGCCCCAAUGAUGGAAUCUCGUGCAGCUUACUCCAAUUACUGGUGUGGAAUAUCAUCUCAGGGAUAUUACAAGCGGACCCCAGCUUAUAUGCCAAUUCGUAAGCGAGAUCGUAAAGGUUGCUUUCCUGUCCCGAUGGUACAUUCUACUUUCCUGAUUGAUCUACGUAAAGAAGCAUCUCAGGAUCUGGCCUUCUACCCACCACAUGCUGACUACACCUGGGCUUUUGAUGAUAUUAUUGUAUUUGCAUCCUCUUGCAGGGAAGCAGAUGUCCAGAUGUAUGUGUGCAACAAGGAGAUCUAUGGCUUCCUGCCAGUACCAUUGAGAUCACAUGCAACACUCCAAGACGAAGCCGAAAGCUUCCUGCAUGUUCUGCUGGAGGUGAUGGUGAAAUAUCCUCCACUGGAACCUUCAAGCUACAUCUCUGUUUCUCCCAAAUAUCCUGACAAGAUGGGAUUUGAUGAGGUGUUCAUGAUCAAUCUAAAACGACGGACUGAUCGGAGAGAGAGAAUGCUUCAAACAUUUUAUCAGCAAGAGAUAGCCUGUAAAAUUGUUGAUGCUGUGGAUGGGCGGGCCCUAAACAGCAGUCAGAUUGAAGCCAUGGGUAUUGACAUGUUGCCGGGAUACGAGGAUCCUUACCAUGGACGUCCAGUCACCAGAGGUGAAUUGGGCUGCUUUCUUAGCCACUAUAUAAUUUGGAAAGAGAUUGUGGACAGAGGUCUGAAGAAGUCUGUAGUAUUUGAAGACGACCUUCGUUUUGAGAUUUUCUUCAAGAGGCGUCUCAUGAGCUUGAUACAUGAAGUGGAAGAGGAGCAGCUUGACUGGGACCUGAUCUACAUUGGGAGGAAGAGAAUGCAGCUGGAGCACCCAGAGAAGGCGGUACCCGAUGUACGCAAUCUUGUUGAGGCCGACUAUUCCUAUUGGACACUGGGAUAUGUGAUCUCUCUGCAGGGUGCACAGAAGCUUCUAGAUGUUCAGCCUCUCUCCAAGAUUCUACCAGUAGAUGAAUUUUUACCAAUUAUGUUCAACAAACAUCCAAAAUCAGAAUAUAUGAAAUAUUUUGAAAAUCGGAAUUUAAAGGCCUUUUCAGCAGAGCCAUUGCUUGUGUAUCCAACCCAUUAUACUGGGGAUGCGGGAUAUAUCAGUGAUACAGAGACUUCCACGUUAUGGAAUGAUGAGUCCAAAACAACGGACUGGGACCGUGCCAAAUCCCAAAAAAUGAAAGAGCAGAUUGAACUGAGCAGUGAAGCCCAGAACUCUGAUGUAAUACAGUCACCUCUUGAUAGGACUGCCAGGGAUGAACUAUGAUUGGUCAUUUUGUUUAGGAGGACUAUCCACACUCUCGAGCGACUAAACUCAGGAAUGAAGCAAUGAUUCUGGUUUUACAGAUAACUGUUCUCACAAGAGGGACAUCUCUUUUUCGUUACUGUUGCUAACUUUGCAGUAGUCCUCUUUGUUGGAUUUCUCCAUUGUACUUCAAGGACAGGUGACUGUUGCAGGCUGCCCAGAGUGCUGAUCUGUGAACUUUUUGGACACCUCCAGUUAUGACAAUCCGCAUUUGUUUUGUAUGUUAUUUUUUUUCUUUUUCAUAAAAAAAUUCCUGCUGGGAGCUGCAUCA